AUGAGUUCAGUGAGUCUGACCUUAGAGUUGCCUGUGAUACCAUUGACACGUGUUGACAAUUCAUCCCAAGGUCGGACAAAUAUAUCUCCUGACAAAGUACCAUGGGAUGCAUUGAGGACACUUCUUACUCAGGCCAUAUAUGGAGGGCGCAUCGAUAACGAAUUUGAUCAGCGUUUGCUUUCUUCCUUUGUUAAUCGAUUGUUCACAGUCAGCAGUUUUGAAUCAGAUUUUCCAUUGGUAUUGGAUGCUGAUGGUGUUAAAGGCAAAAAUGUUAACAUGCCAGAUGGAAUACGACGCGAACAGUUUGUACAAUGGACAGAAAAUUACCAGACUCUCAAUCGCCAUCCUGGCUUGGAUUACCAAACAAUGCUGAAAAUUAUUGCUUACUGUUCAAGGUUGAAAAUGCCACUUUCAUAUUUAUUACUGUCACUAUGUCGUACAUACAUAUUAGUAUAA